AUGAUUUUUUGUAUUUUAUAUAAUUUUAUUGGAAUAAGACCAUUUUAAAAAUAGCUUAAAGGAUUAUUAUAAAAAGUAAGUUGUUAAUAUGAUUUAUCAAUUGACUUCAAAACAUCUCUUUUGUAAUCAAAAGGAUCGGUAAAUAACAUUGUAGAAUGCAAACAUUUAGUUUAUAAUUUAAUUAUAAUUAAUUUUAACAUAUUGAUAUUGUGGCAAUAGGAAUUUCCGAUAUUUCUGAAAUCGAUAAAUAGACUAAAAAACUGGAUUUACUUUUCUGAAAUGUAAUGAAACAAUAAAUAUACAUUCUAGAGAACAGGGUUAUUCAAAUUCACUUUUGAUUGAUUGUAAUAUACGAAAAGAUUAAACAGAUUAUGAUUCAGUGCUAAAAGAAAACUACUUAAACAGAGAUAUCAUAUUGUGGUAAGAUAGGAGUAAUUGUUGA